GUUUACGGCCAUCCACCAACAUGGCGGCAGCGGUGGAUUCUCCGGAGAGCAGAGACAGUUCGGCACCGGGAGCGGAGGGAGGUUCGAGUCCGGGUCCGGUUCCAGACUCCCCUGUGUGUCUCAUCGUGCUGGGCAUGGCGGGGUCGGGAAAGACCACCUUUGUCCAGAGACUGACGGCUCACCUCCACGCCCAGAACUCGCCUCCUUACGUCAUCAACCUGGACCCGGCCGUGCACGAGGUUCCGUUUCCGGCCAACAUCGACAUCCGGGACACGGUGAACUACAAGGAGGUGAUGAAGCAGUACGGACUGGGCCCCAACGGCGGCAUCGUCACUGCGCUCAACCUGUUUGCCACGCGCUUCGACCAGGUGAUGCAGUUCAUCGAAAAGAAACGUCAGAACCACCGGUUCGUCCUGAUCGACACACCGGGUCAGAUCGAAGUCUUCACCUGGUCGGCGUCAGGAACCAUCAUCACAGAGGCUCUGGCGUCUUCGUUUCCCUGCGUGGUCGUCUACGUGAUGGACACGUCCCGCAGCGUCCACCCCGUCACCUUCAUGUCCAACAUGCUGUACGCCUGCAGCAUCCUCUAUAAGACCAAGCUGCCCUUCAUCGUGGCCAUGAACAAGACGGACAUCAUCGAGCACAGCUUCGCCGUGGAGUGGAUGCAUGACUUCGAGGCCUUCCAGGACGCUCUGAACCAGGAGACGUCCUACGUCAGCAACCUGACCCGGUCCAUGAGCCUGGUUCUGGACGAGUUCUACGCCAGUCUGAGGGUGGUGGGCGUUUCCGCGGUGACGGGAAAUGGGCUGGACCAGCUAUUCACUCAGGUGGAGGAGGCAGCCAAGGAGUACCACAGGGACUACCGGCCGGAGUACGAGCGUCUGCGGCAGCAGCUGGUGGAAGCGCAGAGCAGGAAGCAGCAGGAGCAGCUGGAGCGCCUCAGGAAGGACCUGGGGGCGGUGGACAUGUCUCCUGCCGCGUCCGCAGAGGAAGCCGAUGUCGCCGGGCCCAGCGACCUCAUCAUGACCCGCGGUAACCGUGACAACAGCGAGGAAGAGGCAGACGACAUGGACGACAUCGACUACUCCGCCACUGAGGAGAGCAAAGAGAGCGACGCCUUCGGGAACUUCCUCAAGGAGAGGAAGGAAGUGGUUCAGGUGCGGAACAGGAAGUGUGCCGCACCCGACGCGCCCUGACCGAUGACAUGGACGGAUUUGGAGCAGCUGAUUGGCUGCUUCAUCACUGAGAGGAAAACAAAAGUUUUAUUUUUAUACCAACUUUGUGAAGGAACUUAAAUAAAGCUCAGAGCUGCAGCCUGUGUCCAA